UAUUCGCGUUCGUAGUCGUGUCCUGUGUAGUGCGUUUCUGUGGUUUCAUAAGGUUGACCGACAUCCCAGAAUGGCAAGGAACUUCCAUACACAGUACUACAUGAGCAAUGACAUGACUGAAAGCACGUGUAAAGCUACGUGGGUGAUUGAACACUUCAGCGUUCAGAGCAGAGAAUCGAUUUCGAGUGCGACGUUUAAGGUCGGUAAUAGUGAUUGGCGUUGGGAAAUUAGCGGUGGAAGCAAAAUGUGCCUAUGGUGUGUUCGGUCCGAUACAGUCAGAACCAAGUGCGACUUUUGGUUCCUGAACGACGAAACGAAGAGGAGUAUCGGCAUUAUCCAGCUUUGUACAGGCCAGCACGCUUCAUAUGACAAGCUAUCCGGAUUUAAGCCAUAUUUAUCUUCUGACGUCCUUACACUAUGUUUUGAAUUAACCGUGUACAAGCCUCGUAAGCCCACCUCAUGCCGUUCCACAGAGGGCCAGCUUACAGGGUCGACGAUACAAGAAGACCUUCGGCAGCUGAAGAUAUCGAGUGUGUCCUCAGACGUUGUUCUCGUUUCUUAUGGCGGGAAGAAGAUCCACGCGCACAGGCUAGUCCUAGCAAUGCGUUCGCCAGUCUUUCGGGCCAUGUUCGCCAACGAUAUGAAAGAGAAGCGCGAGAGUGAAGUGAACCUGCAAGACACGGAUGCAGCACUCGUAGAAGAGAUGUUGGCAUUCAUGUACACCGACUCAGCGCCGAAUAUUAAGAGCAUGGCAGCCGACCUUAUCCUGAUGGCGGACAAGUACGACUUGGAGAGACUCAAGUCUAUGUGCGAACGAGAACUUUUAUCGAAUUUCAGCGUGGAUACCGUCCUCGAUGUGCUCCGUUUGGCUGACAAGUUGAACCUGACUGACUUGGCAGAUGCUGCUGUGCGGUACAUUAAUUGGAACAGUAGCGCGGUAAGGAAGACGGAUAGCUGGAAAGCGAUGGUUCGGGAGGAACCACAACUCCUGGAACGUAUCUACUGUGCCCUCCGAGAGCAAAUGGUUAACAGCUUGCCAUAGUAUGCAUGUGUCUCACGGAAUUAUAACCUUCACUGUAACCUGGAACUAUUACAUUGC